CUCAACGCUGACGCCAUUGCUGAAGGUAUCGUGAAAUUUCGGCCGGCGCCUUUGUGGCAUAUUUGCCGUGAAAACGGUGCUUAACCGCGUCUUUCUUUUUGUGACAGUGUUCGCGAGCAACUUCAGGUUAGCCAACCAUGCAGAACGAGGCCGGAGAAUACGUCGAUCUGUACAUUCCCCGCAAGUGCUCCACGAGCAACCGCAUCAUCCACGCCAAGGACCAUGCUUCCAUCCAGAUCAACUUGGCAAUUGUAGAUGAGCAGUCCGGCCGUGCGACCGGGGAAACAACGGCCUACGCCAUCUGCGGUGCCAUCCGCCGCAUGGGGGAGUCUGACGACUGCAUAACGCGGUUGGCGCAGAAGGAUGGCUAUAUUCCAAAGGACUACUGAUGGGAGCUCAUAAAUAAACAUUGGUGACCACCA